UUCGUUCAUACUCGUAGCUGGAGACCUUCAACCCAAUAAUUUUGAUUCGCCAUUCAACAAACAGUUCGAUAGGCGCCAAAGGAGUCCAGCCUUUCUAGUUUCGAAGGUACGCUUUUAGAUUCUUUACCACUUGUUUCGACGCCAACUGUGAGGUCGAUUUGACAGAUGCAGAGAGAAGCUUCGUCCAUGGCGAGGCACCCAGAAACUGAUCCCACAUGGGCUGCAUCAUCUCCGAAGAAGCGUCGGAUCAGUGCUGAGUGUCUAAAUUCUCGAUUUUGAGAGUUGGGUCUUGAGUGAAAUGUGCUGGCGAUUCUUGUGUUGUUAAAAAGGAACUGUUCUUCAUCGGGUUUUUGUAGCGUUGAGAGCUUGAACAUGGAGACGGGUCCAGCCGGCGAAGAACCCACUUCGUGGGACGAGCUGUACAACGUCAAUUUGAUGCCCUCCGAGUUGUUCCUCAAGUUUCGGAAAGAAAUUCAGGGACUCCGAGUCGGUGUUAAUCUGGAGUUUUACAAUGCUCCAAGGAAUGAUUUUCAAGCAAAGCUCGUGUUCAAGCCUCUAUCCCCAGAUCGUCGGUGGAAGUUUGUCUAUGAGCCCAUACAUCAAGAUGUGCGCAUUCUCUCGAAAAAGAUUCCUGUCACAAAAUUCUUAAAUCUCCAGGUUGGUGUAGGCCACAAUUUUCAGUUAAAUGCCAUUGGUUGGAAAUGGAAGCUCACCACUUGUUUGGGUGGAGAUGGCGUAUCUCAAAUUAGAAAUAAGACCACUCUUGGACUUUGUCCAGGUGUAGAUUUUCGAUUUGGGUGGAGGGCUGAUUACGUUUUUCCAGAAAUCACAGGGGGUCUUGGUACUGAUGAGCCAUUAUUCAACAUGAACUCUGGACGGUUGCAAGCAUCGCUAGAUAGAGUGGAAGCCAUUUUAAGCUAUCCAGAUGCUGUUUAGUGGACUUUGGUGAAGAGAUGGUGCUGAGCGUCCUGGCGCUGUUCGCCAAAGAAAUGUGAAUCUUUUCACUGCUGAGAUCAUAGAGAGACCCGAAACAGGCUAAAGUUAUGGUGAGGUUGGAGUGCAGGGUUUUGAUGUCUAUGUUUCUGAUGGAGUUGGUGGUGUUGGUGCUGACGUGCACCAAACCCAGUUACUGGGUGAGGGAAUACGAAGGGUUGGGUGCAGAGAGGGAUGCGGUGGAGAGGAAGCGGAGCAUGAGGAUGGCGAAAGUGCAGGAGGAAUCGAGGUCAACACGGCUAAGAUCGUGGAGGUCAAAUCUAAAGAGUUGGAUGAGAGGAUGAGGUUCACGUACGGGCAGUGGGUGAAGGCUGAUUUAGGCCGAGUCUCAAUUGAACUGAAAUUGUUGUUUGCUCGGCUUGCUACAUCAGAAGCUCCUUGUGUUGGGCGACCACUUGGGUGGCCAUCUCGUGCAGUAUGGAGAAUUUGUGUGGAUCAUUGCUUUAUUUGAAUGGAUGAACCCUAUUGAAUACUGAUGGCCAUGUUGCCAAUUCUUUGGAAAA